GACGGACAGACAGACGCUCUCGCAAUUGAGUCUGCUGCUGCUGCUUCUUCCCGGACCGAGGGCAAAAAUGUCAAUUCAGUACGCGUCGUCGACGACCUUCCUCUCGACUCCAUCUCCAAAAACAAGACCGUCUUCUUCUUCUUCUUCAUUCCCUUCAAUCAAAACCCCAUUUCUUGGAUUUUCCAAAUUCACAACUGCAGCGGCUGCGAUACCUUCGCUUCGAACUUCUCCUGCGAAGAAGUUUCAGAUUCGCUGCCAAAACCUCGCCCCAGCAGUCCCUGAAGAGCAGCAAUGGAUGUUCGACGGCGACAUUGACGGACCUGACAUUUGGAAUAAGACUUGGUACCCUAAGGCGGCAGAUCAUAAAAACACAGAGAAAACAUGGUAUAUAGUUGAUGCAACCGAUAAAAUUCUGGGAAGACUAGCAUCAACUAUUGCGAUACAUAUCCGCGGAAAGAAUUUAGCAACCUAUACUCCCAGUGUGGACAUGGGAGCAUAUGUUAUCGUGGUGAAUGCCGAAAAGGUUGCAGUAUCGGGGAAAAAGAGGACACAAAAGCUCUACAGGAGGCAUUCAGGAAGACCAGGUGGUAUGAAGGUUGAAACAUUUGAUCAACUUCAGCAGAGAAUUCCAGAACGAAUAGUUGAACACGCUGUUCGUGGCAUGCUUCCUAAAGGGAGGCUGGGCAGGGCUCUUUUCACGCACCUCAAGGUAUACAAGGGGCCAGACCACCCACAUGAGGCCCAACAGCCCAUUGAGCUACCUAUAAGAGACAAGAGAGUACAGGUAGAGAAGUAGAUGUUAAGCUGGUAUCCUGGAGUUCUCAUGGUGGCUCUUCCUCAUGUUUCCAUUUUUGCCAAUAGGGGCUUGUGGGGAUCUUUGUUAAUUGAUUGUUGAUGAGAUUAAGAGCCAUUUGCUCUACAAGUUUCCUAAUAUGUCAAAAUACAAAACAUUUUCUUACUGUUUCAUUUGUCGUCAGCAUUUGGAUAUUCAGAUGGGGUCUAAGACUGCAGGGCACAAUUGUUUUCUAAGUAUUUACUUGAACCUCAA